GUACAUCUGGGAUAAAAUGGCGUCAAAUCGACCAGGAAGACACUGAAUCACUAUGAUUUCAUGUUUUACAUCAUUCGACAGGAAAUUUAGUUGUAUAUAAUAGCAUAGACAAUAACACAGAAACUGUAUUUUGAAGCAUACAACAGCAAAUAUGUCAACAGGAAGUGAAGUGCCCAUUGUUUCAGCGAGGGCCAAUGUAAUGUUAUAUGAUGACGCAAGUAAGAAAUGGGUUCCUGCGGGCACUGCCCAGCAGCAGGGUUUAUCAAAAGUACAGAUUUACAGACACACAGGAAACAAUACAUUUCGAGUUGUUGGUAGAAAAAUGGCCAAUCAUGAGGUAGUGAUAAACUGUUCUAUACCAAGGACUCUUAAAUAUAACCAAGCUACACCUACAUUCCAUCAAUGGAGAGAUCAGAGACAAGUUUAUGGGUUAAAUUUUGCAAACAAGGAAGAUUCAGAAAGUUUUGCUCAAGCAAUGAAAUCAGCACUAGAUACAUUACAACCCAAAGAAGUUCAAAAAGAAUUGGCUGGACAACAUCCACCACCAGGGCAAGUACCACAACCUUAUAAUGCACCACAGCAUGUACAUGAAGAACCGGAAAGGCAUCCACCACAUCCAGGUCAUGUGAGACAUCCAUCAGGGGGAGCUCCACAGUAUAGCCAGCCAGCUCCUCCGCAGCCACAGUAUACACAACCUACAGCUUCUCAGGCUCCCCCUCCAGCACCAGGGCCACCACCUGCUGCUGUCCAAGCCCCUGCUGCACCCCCUGCUCCCCCAGCACCACCUGCUCCCCCUGCAGCACCACCAGCACCUCCUCCUGGCCCAGGAGUACCACCACCUCCAGGACCAGGUGUGCCACCACCUCCAGGACCAGGAGUACCACCACCUCCAGCUCCACCACCAAUGCCAGGUGCAGGGUCAAGUCCAGCUAAAUCAGGAGGAGGUGGUGGUGGAGGAAUGGGAUCUUUGGCAGAAGCUUUAGCAAAGAAGUCAGGGGCCCUGAAACAUGUCGAUCCCAAUGAUAAUUCUGCCAGACCAUCAUCAGCUGAACCUGGUAGUAGAGGGUCUAGUUCUAGUACUGGUAGCGGAGGUGGUGGAGGGGGUGGGGACUUCAUGUCAGAACUACAGAAAAAGUUGAACAGAAAGAAAAAUGAUGCCGAAGGUGUACCACAGCCUGCACCAGAAAUUAAGGAGUCAGCUUCAACAAACAGUCUAGACAGAAGACAACGAGAUAGAUCAUCUGGUCCUCCAACAAACAGAGUUCCACCUACAAAUAAUGGAGCAGAUUCUCCUAAAGGCAGAAGCAGUUUAAAACCAUUUGCUUCUCCAUCAUUUAAGAGAAAAGACUCGUUAAAUCCACCUCCAGAACAGUUAUCAAAUGGACCAACAAAUUCAGCAUUAGACAAUUUAAAAAUAGAAAUUAUGAAUGAAGUACGACUGGAACUACAGAAAGUCAAAAUGGAAAUCAUAAGUGCUAUCAGAGAAGAGCUUUCAGCAGCACACAGAUGAAAGACAGAACAAAGACAAAAUUGGGAUCAAAAUCAAUGAAUCAUCUUAUGGUGCUUACAGUGAUUCUGGAUUGUCCAGUUUGCUGCUGUGUAAUAUUGUCAUAUGCAAUAGACCUGCUUAGAAUGUCAUCCCAGUGAACAAAGCUCAAUUAACAUGUGAUUAUAAUUUGUACAGGAUUGCUGAUCAGUGAUUGGAGGAUGAUUUUCUAACUUGGUCCAUUGCCAUAAUUGACUGGUACUAAAAUAUGUGUGUUUCUACCAAAGACAGCAGUUACCAGAGCUAUUCCAGUUUUAAUUAUUUUUAUGUACACAGGAGAGUGAGUGAGAAGGGGAAGUAAUCAAGUAUUAUGGAUACAUGAAAUGCUUUGCUCAUGUUUUAACAAGUAUUAAGAUUAUCUGCAUAUAUCAGAAAGGUUAUAAUCAUAUAAAACAUUUGUUUAAUAUAAUCACUCUCAUCAGUGUUAAGUUUUAAUUUGAUAAGUGCUAUACCAAGGUUUUUUUCAGCAUAAUGUUGUUGGCAAUGUUCAACUUACAAAGAAAAACUAAUGCCAAAUGUUUGAAUAAAUUUCAAUUCAACUGGUCUUUCACAGUUCAAAACGAAAAAGGAAAGAGAAAAAUAUGAAGACUUUAUACCAGUACCUUUAAAAGUAAAACAAAAAGUCAGCUUUUAGAACUGUUGGGCCAAAGUAUUUGUCAAUGAGAGGACUUGUGAUUUAUUUCUUAUUAAACACUAUUGUCAUUGCCAUAGAUUUUUUUUUCUUUUUAUUUAGUAUAUAUUAAAUCACCUGAACAAAUAAAAGAAAUAUAUAUGAUUUUUUUUCUCACUUAAAGGAUCUCUUUUCCAUCUAUAUAUAGAUUUUUUAAUAUUUCUCAGUAAUAAUCAAAAAUUUUUGUAACAGAUUUAUGUAAAUAUCUAUAUUUGACUAUAAUAAUCAGCUUAUCACAUAAUAGGUUUUAUAUGGGAAAAUUUGCUUGGUGCUGGAAUCAACACAGGCAUUUAGUUGUAGAACUUUGAAAAUUUUUUGUUCAUUUGAUAAAUGACUUUUUUGUUGGAUAAUAUGUGCAGCCAGAGUUUUUCCCCUUUAUGGCAAGUAAAUAUAAAUAAGGCAUAUCACAUGUAAAAGUCAUGUUUACAUAUUUGCUUAAAAAUAAAAUCAUGUUCCAUAUAGACACAAUGUGUGAUGUGUAAAGAUAAAGCUGCAAAUUAUCUAAAAUGCGGAAUAGUUUUAAGUAUGUUAAUCAUUAUGAACAGAAAGAAUAUUUAUUUUUUUAUUUCAUGAAAGCCAAAAAUAGACAUGCAUUACACAAAACAGAGAAUGUUUUGAGUUUCAUUGCUCUCAGGUUUAAACUUGCCUUUCUGAACUUAUUUCACUUGCACUAUCAUUUAUGGUUAAGAUUAAAUAAAAAGUUAAGUAUGAUUUUGUAUCUUUAAAAUUAUUAUUAUACCAGAACUUAUGCUGUUUCUUACUAAUUGUCUUUGAAAUAGUUCAUUUAAUUUGCAUUUAGUAAUGAACGAAUUAAAUAUUUAUUAGGGAUUAAGAUUUAUGAUGUUUAGGGAAAAAAGUGUAACAAAAACACUGAACUCUAAGUUCAAUUCAAAAAGGAGAAGUUCAUAAAAACUGAUAAAAUCAAACAGUUCUGACUGACACAAUGAAUUACUUCAUUUUAAAAGCUAUAAUUCCAGUGGGGUUUAAAGAAGUUCAAUCCAGGCAGGUGAAUUGAAAAAAAACAAUCAAUCAUGAACAAAUAGUCAAGUUUCUAAAGGUGAUGAGAGUCCCUCUGUUAUAAGGUCAGCUCUACAUAAAGAUAGAUUUAGUGUUACUUUGGAUAUAUUAUUAUAUGUUUGUUGGAUACCAAUUCUUAUGGAUUUCGUGGGUACAGGUGAACCAUGAAUUGACAUGUUCAACGAAUUACAAGUUUUUUAAAGGUUUGUAUGCAGACUUCAGCAAAUCUAUGAAAUCAAAUAUUCAAGAAAUUGAAAGUUUUCUUCAAUCCAUGAAAAUUGGUACCUACAAAAUUAAAUGAAUCCACAGUAAUACAUUAUAGGACUGAUUUAGGAGAAAUUAUAAAAAAAUGGUCUAAUAUAGUUUAAAUUCAUUGAUCCUUAAUUUUCAUAAUUGACCAAAUGUAAUAAGUGGUCAUGAAUUUUUGGUUUCGAACAGAGUUGAAAUCAAAUUAAUUGGAAAAUUGUUUUAAUUUGUGGGAUACUAAAAUUUUAUGAUUUAGUCAUCUGUAAAAUUCACGAUUUGUUUGGUCAUGAACAAGGAAAUACUUCUUUAUGCUGUAAUCAGUUCUAGAAUUUUCAUGACCUUCAUUGUUAAAGUCAGUAAGACCUUAUAAAGGAGUGGGGAAUACACAAUGGUAUAUAACCAAUAUUAUUUUAUAUAAGUAGUAAGGGCUGUUGCAUGAAAACAUACAUAAGACCCAGGGAGGGCACUUCGCAAUCAUGACUAUGACUUAGUGUCUAGUACAGUGAAAAUAUAAGUGAAAUUGUACAUUUGACUCUAUAGGUGGUUACCCCAAUUUAGAAAGUGCCUUGACAGGGUAACAUGUAUGUUUGAAUAGAACAGCUUUAAUUAGAAAGGCUAGUGAUAAAUUUUGUUUUGUCUGAUUUGAUUUUUUAUACAAUGAAUAAAUGUAAUUUUAUAGAAAAAAAACUAUACUUUGGAACCAAUAAUACAGUAUGAAAGAUGUAAAUGUGUAAUGGGAUAAUAAUCGAGUAUGUAUAGACGACAUUCAAGAAUCUCAUUUGAGGUUGUGAUCGAUAUGUGAUAUCAGGAGAUUAUAGCUGGAUAUAUCAGAUAUAUGGGAUUAAAAUUGUAAAGAAGUAGCAUGAUUCUUAUGUUAUCAGAGAGGAAUAAUUAAUAACCAUUUAACUUUUAACUGUAUUUGAAAUUAAUCAGAUUAACAAUGACCUUUAUUUUUUUCAUGAAUAACAUUGAAAAACUUUUUACAUGGUUUUUCAUUUAUCUCCCCUUAACUGAUUAUAAAUAUAUUACUUGUUUUUCCAAACUUUACUCUGAAGGUCCCUCAGAUAUUUGCAAAAAGUCUAUUAAAUAGUGCUUCGGUCCAUCUUUUAUUAAUUGUCUAGUAAGAAUUAAUCCUUUAUAAUAUAUAGACAUGUUAAAAUUCAGUAAAAAAAAAUUUGUGUACCAUUAAAUCUUAAUACUUGAUGGACCAGUAACUAUCUGUGACUUUCAAAAUGACUGCUUCCAUAACAAAUACACUUAUAUGUUGUAACAAAUAUUUCUGUAGAUAAUGGCACUGUACAUUACCCAUUAAGAGCACAUGUUUGUAUAUUACAUUAAUCAUUUUGCCAAACACAUGAUCCAGGACUAUGUAUGUGUAUGUUACUGUAUAGCUUGUUAUUUUUACUGUAAAAGGCCAAGCCUUGUGUUAUUGAAAUUUGUUGUAGAUUUUUUGUUCAAGAAACCAAAGGUUUUAUAGGCCAAAUAUUAACACCUCUCUGUCUUGGAAUAUUUAAUGCAAGAAUGAAUUCACUGGUUCUACAGUGUUCUUGAGAAGAUUCUGUUAUAUGAUGUAGGCUCUUAUAAUUUAUUUUUUUUCUUUUAUAUGAAUUAUAUACUGUGAUUUCAAAAAUUUUGCAAUGAUUUUUUAUAUGGUGAAAAUUACAAAAGGAUAGGUUUCACAGAUAUAACUUCUAUUUUGAAUUUUGAUAGCAUUAUUGUAUGUUGCAUUUCCUGAAAUUGCAAUGAUUAAUCAAUUAAUUUUGUCCAUGGUUCCAAAAUCUCAAUGAUAAACGCUUAUUUACAAAUUUAUGACUUUACAUUAUUGAACAAUGAUUUCAUAUUUUGGAACUUUACUGUGACUGAACUUAAUUUGCAAGUACUGACAACAUUUCGAAAAAUAAUUACUAAUGUUCUAUGAUGUUAAAUGUUUGUUAUUGAGAUGAUAAAAAGUUACAUGAAAAUUUUUUAUCAUAUGCAGUGGUAAACUUAUUUGAAACAAAAAGAUUGGAAGUAAUUUAUUUAUACGGAAAGAGGUAUUAAAAAAUAGCCAAACAAUCCUUAAUAGGCACACAAUGCCAGAUUUAGUCAAAAUGGUAUUUUGUGCAUAAUUUACAAUUAUGAUCUUAUCAAAAUGUAUGUAAUACAUUGUUGACAUUACAGAAAUACUAAAAUAAUGUUAAAUAAACAAUAUCCAGUCAUUAAAAUUAAUUUAUCAGUAUUUAUCAUGAAUAAACAAUGAACAUUCUGUAAAAAGAGAUAUUUUAUAAACUUGCAUUGUAUUUUUCAGUCAAAACCAUGUAAUGAACAUUUAGCAUUGUCAACAUUUUUUUAAGUGAAGCAAUAUAUAUCAUUAUCCAUUAACGACCAAACUGCUUUCUCUGGUUUAUAUUUUUAUAAUAGAUACAUUUUUGUUUGUAUAUUACGAUCAAUGUCCAGUAAUUGCAUACUCAUUUUUCAUUAGUGAUACAUGAAUUAGAAUAUUAAAAUUGCUUUAAUAUUUUAUUAAAUUUGUUUGAUAGAUAAUUAAUCAUGACAGUAAUUUUUUUAAUACUUAAAAGUCAUUAUUUGUUGCUUCUUUGAUUAUUUAAUAUCAUUUUGUGAAUUAAUGUAACUUUAAGAAAACAUUCCUUUAACAAUAGUUAUUGUCUCCCAUUGGUGGUCCUUAUGACUUAACUAACUUGGUAAAGGGAAAACGACUGGCUUUAAUUUAUUAUUAUUCAGUUAUCUUCAAUACUAGGUGACCGAGGAGAGAGAAUUUAUAUUUUAUUAUGCCAUUGAUCCUUUUGGCUCAAGGGAGGUUAUUUAUAAUCUCCCCUUUGUAAUUUGGUUUACGUGAUUGGCUUAUGUUUCUCAUUAGAUCAAAUAUGGCAGCCCCAUGUAUCAAGCAGUUAAUAUUUAUUCACCAUUUUUAUUAAGAUUGUAGUAAUUCUAAAUCAUUUUGUAAUCAAUCUUCAGACUUAUAUAUAUCAGAAUUAAAAUUCCAUAUUUCCAUAAUUACAAAAGUUAUCUCCCUUUUCUAUUUGCAAGGGUUAUCCCUCUUGUAAGAUGGUACAAAAAGAGCUUUAGAAAUAUUUGGAAUAAAAUAAAUUAAAAAAAAUAUAUCUAUGUGCAUAUUUACUGUCCAAAUGGAUAAGACUUUUACUUAAAUAUCAAAGAAAGGGGGAGGUCAAUGCUGAAUUAUCAGGUAUAAUGAUAACUUCCAUGCGUAAAUUGAUACAGAUAAAUAACAAAAGUUGCAUUGGUAGGAUCUGUGACAAAGGGAGAAACUUUAUGUAGAUGAGAUAAUCAUUUUUGCAUAUUUGAUACAUUAAACUAGAUUUUCCAAGACAUUUUAGCAAUAUUUGUGAAUUAUCCAUUGUGUUCAAUAUUGUAAUGAUUAUAACCAAGUGCAUAGCUUUUGAUGCUGUAAUGGUAAAAAGAUAUCUUUGCUUUGUUUAGUUUAUUUUGUUUGAUAGUGCCUGUGGACAUUUCUACCUCUGAAAAAUAAUUCCUAUUUCGAAAUCGAUAAAUUGAUUAAGUUGAUUCACCGGUAAAUACACUAAUAUUGAAUUAUAUGUGAAAUGAACAGGUAAAAAAAUUGAGAAUUAUAGAAUGAACAAAUCUGUAGGGGGAGGACAGAAGAUCUCUGUUGGCAUCCUAGUGCCAUAUUGUACAGUUGAACAUAUAGUGUAAUCUAUUUAUCAUCUACAAAAUAAACUAUGCUUUUAUA